UCAUCAAAGGUCCUUUAGCCCACAGAAUGUAGCAUCUAUCAUGGCUCAGGCCGGGCAGCAGAACCGAAUGGCUCCAGAGGACCGUCCACGGCCUCGCAAUGUGCCCCGCGAAGAGGCGCUGCAGCUGGAGGGCUACAGACACGCGUGUCACGUGAUGCUCUACGCCCCCACCACAGCCAAGCUGUUUGAGCGGGUCCCCAUCCGAUACGUCGUACUGAUGAUGAUGCGCUUUGAUGGCCGUCUUGGCUUCCCGGGGGGUUUCGUAGAUACUCGAGACUGUUCCCUGGAAGACGGCCUGAACCGCGAGCUGCUGGAGGAAUUGGGCUCCACCUUCAACUCUUUGAAAGUGACAGAAAACGAUUAUAGGAGUUCCCAGGUCCGAGAUCUUCCCCAGAAAGGGGUCACACACUUCUUCACGAAGGAACUGAAGCUGGAGGAAAUAGAAGCCAUAGAGAAAGAAGGGGUGAAUGCUAAAGAUCAUGGAUUGGAGGUGAUGGGUAUAGUCCGCGUUCCGCUCUACACUUUACGGGAUGGAUUCGGAGGUCUCCCAGCCUUCCUGUCCAACAACUUUAUCGGAAACUCCAAGAGCCAGCUUCUCUACGGGCUGCGUACCCUGCGGCUGCUCCGGGAGGACCAAAUUCAAGACGCCAUGUGGACCAGUCAGAACUCCUAGUCACAACCUGGUCCUUUAGAUUGCGCCUCCGAGCGAGAUCCUUGAAGAUUGUUUAGUGUAAUAAAAAAAAAAAAAAGCGCUAAAA